AUGGCUUCACUCGUGCUGUUACUCCUCGUCACAGGCGUAAUUGCGAGAACUCCAUGGUUCCCAAUAGCCCUCGAAUCCCCCACCAACCUAUCCACAAUCCCAACAGACGACUUUGUCAUGAAAUGGCCGUAUUCCGUCCUCUUCAACGACGACAUCAUCAUCGGUAUGGCCCCCGCAACAACAACGCAAUUCACCAACAUGACGCGCGUCUACGCACUCUAUUCGUCGACGACAGUCCCCGCGACUUUCCUGCCAGCCCUCCACCCGGGCCAGACAUCAGUCUACACGCUGCAGUUCUUCACGACGGAUAGCGACGGGAAUAGCUACGGGACGAGCGCGACGGAUAUUACGCUUUCGGGACCGGUGCAGAUGACGGUUACGCAUACACGGACCUUGAUCGACGCCGACGGGGGCGGUGGGUGGGAGAGUAGUGGUGUUGUUGUUGAGACGCCUGCGCCGAUAUUUGAUCCGCAAGGGGGCGUUGUCGGCGAGACCGAGACAGACGGAGAGGGAGAGACUGGUCUCUUGACGGGCGCCAAGGCAGGAAUCGGUAUCGGAGUUGCCUGUGCUGUGCUCCUCCUGGCGGUUGGUGGCGUUGUCGUCUAUCGUCGUCGGCAGCGGCGAGAUGCCCACAGCGGGAUCCCUAAAAAAACCCCUUUUGUGGACCAGAACGUCGAUAUGAGCGGCGAGCUGCAGAGCAAGCACGGCGCAGCAGAGGCUCCUGGGGGCCCAGCCCGUGGGAGCUUCCGGUGCCAGCCUCCGGGAGGGAUCGGGGGAGUAGGACGCGGUAUGAGCUUGGUGGGUGACAUUUCACCAUUUCCAGGGAUCGGGGCAUUCUUAUGUCUGCCAUGUCUGAGGAAUUUGAACGGCUGGAGCAAUGGUACAUGGAUGGUUAAUGAUGUGGUUUCGGCGGGCAAGCGAGUAAUGAAUUGA